CGAGAUGAAGGUCAAUAACACCCUGGCGAAGGCUCUAUACGACAACAAAGCCGAGUGCUCCGACGAGCUGGCCUUCCGCAGGGGGGACAUCCUGACCGUGCUCGAGCAAAACGUCGUCGGCAGCGAGGGCUGGUGGAAAUGUUCCCUCCACGGCAGACAGGGCCUGGCCCCUGCGAACCGCCUGCAGCUCCUGCCUGCCGCCCAGGACCUGCCACCUCCGUCCAGCCGCGGCGACAGCGCCGAGGCGGCCGCGGGACAGCAAAACAUCUACCAGGUCCCCUCCACCCCCAAGGCCACCGCGGCGUCGCCCGCGUACGAAAAGAUGGACGGGUGGGUUAAAUCACCAGCCAAGAUCCCCGCUCUGCCUGCCCAGGGACUGUACCAGGUACCGGCCUUGGCUGCGCGGGUGCUCAGCGAAAGGAUCCAGAGCUCAACAAACCAG